CUGGUUUCCUGCGUCGUCCUCAGGAAAUCAUCAACUUCAACUGCCGCAAACUGGUAGCUUCCAUGCCUCUGUUCGCCAACGCCGACCCCAACUUUGUCACCUCCAUGUUGACCAAACUGCGCUUCGAGGUCUUCCAACCGGGCGACUACAUCAUCAGGGAGGGAACCAUUGGGAAGAAGAUGUACUUCAUCCAGCACGGCGUCGUCAGCGUCAUUACGAAGAGCAGCAAAGACACCAAGCUGACGGACGGCUCUUAUUUUGGAGAGAUCUGCUUGCUGACUCGAGGCAGAAGGACAGCCAGCGUGCGAGCAGAUAACUACUGCCGGCUGUACUCUCUGUCUGUAGACAACUUCAACGAGGUGCUGGAGGAGUAUCCCAUGAUGAGGAGGGCCUUCGAGGCCGUCGCCCUCGACCGCCUGGACCGCAUCGGAAAGAGGAACUCGAUUCUGCAGAAUAAAGUCCAGCAUCACCAAAGCUCCGGCACAUUAAACCUCCACGAAACAGAAAUCAUCCAAAGAAUCGUCCAGCACGACCGGGACAUGGCCCAAUGCACGCAGCUGAUCCAAAGCAGCGCUGCGCAGAGUCUGAACCCCCCCGUCGCUCCGCCGUCCCCUACCCCUCUCAUCUGGACGCCGCUGGUCCAGGCACCGCUGCAGGCUGCUGCUGCCACCACGCCACUGGCUCUGGCCUUGGCCCAUCACUCCCAGUUGCCUCCCAUCCUCUUCCACAGUCCUCUGGUUCCUGGUUCCUCCAUGAAGGACCAUUCCAGGAGGGUCCACAUGGGAGGUACCGCCUCCAGCAGCUUUGGUUCAGUUCCUGGCUCCCCGGUUAGCUCUGCUAAACCCAGAUCUGUGGUUGAGGCACCAACGUUGGGGUUCUCUUUGGCGCAGCAUCACUCCACUGCGGUUUUAUCGCCCACGGUGAUGUCGCAGCCCGUCUUUACAAGCAGCCUGCAGCCCACGCCGCAGCCUCUUUACCAGCCUCCUUAUUGCGUCCCGGUCUUCCCCUCCUACACCUGCUCCGCUCAGCUCCACCCUCAGCCGUUCCUCGGUGCGAUGGCCGCUCCGCCUCAGCCUCUAGGUUUGCUGCAGCAAGGGGUGCCAGGGAAGGUUUCAGGAAGAUUUCCAGCCCCAACCAUCAGCCCUCUGAUCUGCAGCUCGGUGAACCCCAUCCUGAGCCAGCUGCAGCAGCCAUACCACCCAUCUAGCCUCAACAGAGCCACCAGCACAUCCAGCAAUGUCAACCUCCCACAUUUCCCCAUCAUAACCAGCAGGCACCCGCCGGCCAGGAUCAAUCCGCAGCUGUCUGCGGCCGGCAGAAGCGGGGUGGCCGCCUCUCUGGCGCAGCACACCCUGGCGGGACUGCAGUCGGUUUUCCUCCCACAGGUUCUCCCUGAGCCCUCGGCCCUCGCCUCCCUGGCGCAGUACGGCUCUGCGGAGGUCUCGCCGUGCUACACGCCGCCUCUCCACAGCCCCGCCACACAGAGACGGACGGUUCACCACGCCGAGCCACCCGGCACCACCAGCUUUCAGAGCUCCACUCUGAGAGAGACAGCAGAGUCCUCGGCGGAUCUCUUUACCCAGGAAAUAAAGACAAUCUCAGGCUCUCACAGCUAUUUACACCAGGAAAGGCCUUCGGUGGUAAGCGACUCCUCAGAGAGGGAGGCAGGGGGCUUCCCUUCCCCCAUUGUGGUCAACAAACCCUACACCACCAUCCCGGGUCAGGGUGCUCCCAUCAGUCGGACACAAUCAGGGCCUGAGCCUUGGAACCAGCCUGCCGGCGAUCAGUCUCCUGCUAAAGUGUUAGACAGUGAACAGAAACAAUCCAAGCUUCCCUCCAACUUGUGAGUGUCAGACACACCCUCCUCAACCUGCUGAGCUGCAGAGGAAACCCCUCCAUGUUGGCAUUUUAAAGGGGACCUAUUAUGCAAAGUUAACAUUUGGCACGUUUUUAUGCUUCCAUUUGGGUCUCUACUGCUUAUAAAAACAGCCCAAGUGCUUUAAAACAUCUCACCCAGAUAUUUUUUGGCAAUAAGUUCAUGUUUUUUGGAAAACAAGCCGUUUCAAAACCCUUCUGAAUGUAAUGUGACAAAUCAGCCUAUUGCCUAACAACCCCAGUGGAAUUCAGCCCGUUACCUAGCAACCAAGCAGAGUUCCAGCACGUUUGGUCAGCUGGUUUAAUCUCUGUAGAAUGGCUACUGGAAAUGACAAGUGUUUUGUUGUUGGCUUACCAUCCAGAAACCUCUUGCUGCAUCCUUGUUGAUUGUGCAGGAGGCUCUGCGUCUGCUUUUCAAAGGUGUACGGUUGUAUAAUUGCACAUUUGUUUGCAACCAUUUCCACAUACGUAUGUAAACGUUGAGUUGGGGAGCGUGGCCAGCAGCAGGUUGUUUGGAUUUAAAGAGCCAGGCCCUAAAUCAGCUCAUUCUCCAGAACUAAAAUCUAGUCUAAGAAUUAUUUUGAGGAAAAAUGUAAUUAACAUAUCGUAACCUGUUGAAGAAAGCAUAAUAGGUCACCUUUAAAUGUUGAAUUCAGUGCUGGGGUGUGUGUGUUGUUUUAAUCAGAUGAGAGAUCACUUUAGUUUUUGUGGAUGACGGACAGAAACAUAUUUUUUCUACUCAACAUUUUCAUUAUGAUGAUAAAACCCAAAAGUAUUAAUGGGGUAUAUAUUUAAGACCUGAUAAGAAAUAUCACUUCUUAUAUAUACUAUGUUAUAUUCUAACCUUCCUCUGUGAUUUAUUUAUUUGAAACCUUUUUUUGGUUCCCUUUUUAGCUUCACCUCUUGAGCUGAAAAGAAUUACCCACCGCUGUAUAUUCAGUUUAUGAUUGAAACCAAAAAUGGCUUCCCUCUUGUUAGCAUCCUUUUCGGAGAAAUGCUGCACACAGUCUGUGCACUUUGCUCGUUUCAGAGAUCACUGCAGCGCGAAGGGUUUGGCGGCGGCGUGUCUUCCAAGAUAGAAAGCUUUCUCAGCAAUAUUGCACACCCGAACGGGUCGCACUGAUCAGACUGCUUUUAAAAAAAAAACAAAGCAAUGAAUGUAACAAUGUCAGUCUGAGGGGAAGGGAGGGUUUGGGAUUUGAAAGUGUGGAUGAACAUGAACAGACAAAAAAACCCUGAGUUGAGGAUUGUGUGCCAUGAGCAUAGUAUGCAAUAAUCUGUGUUUUUAUUUUUAUGGGCUUAUAAAGGUACUGUGAAUUAAAGCACUUGUGUCAAAUCAGUAAGAUUACUGGUAAAUCAAUCAAUUAAUUAGAAUAUAACAAACAGUGACUCA